CAGAAAAACGUUUUUGGCGUGCUGCCGGGUGCUUUGCAAGCCAGAAAAAGUCUGUUUUUCUCUGAAUUUUUCUCAAUUGUAACGUGAAAAUGUCCAUUGGUGUGCCGAUUAAGGUGCUCCACGAGGCGGAGGGUCACAUUGUGACGUGCGAAACAAUAACUGGGGAGGUUUAUCGAGGGAAAUUGAUUGAGGCUGAGGACAACAUGAAUUGCCAAAUGACCCAGAUUACAGUCACCUACCGGGAUGGUCGGACAGCGAAUCUCGAGAAUGUGUACAUCAGGGGAUCCAAGAUACGUUUCCUCAUACUGCCCGACAUGCUAAAGAAUGCGCCCAUGUUCAAGAAACAGGGCGCAAAGUCCGGAACAGCGGGACGCGGAAAGUCAGCGAUACUUCGAGCACAAGCGGCUCGGGGAAGAGGGAGAGGGGCAAGUGCUGGUCGGGGAGCUGCCGGAGGACGCGGUGGAGCUUGGCAAGGGGGUCCUACUGGUGGCAGAGGGAGAGGAGGCCUCUAAUUUUAUCCUCCGGAUAUUCAACGGACACCACAAUCAGCAUUUUCCACAAUUCUGUAAGCUUUCAAUAAGCAUUCUCUGAAUUAUAAGGUUUUACACAAGA